AUGAAAGCCUCACACUUUGUGUGGUCCGAAGAAGCACAAGAAGCAUUUCGGGUUAUUAAACAGAAGUUAACGUCGGCUCCUCUCUUAGUCCUCCCAGAUUUUGAACAACCAUUUGAACUCCAUUGUGACGCGUCUAAGCUGGGCAUAGGAGCGGUUUUGAGCCAACAAACACUGCCGGUGGCGUAUUUCAGUGAAAAGCUCGCUGGAGCUCGGAGUCGAUACAAUACGUAUGUCAUUGAAUUUUAUGCCGUGGUUAAAGUCUCAUCUCGACAUGCCUCGUGGAUAGCAUAUUUGCAACAAUUCACUUUCUCUAUCCGUCACAAGGCCGGAAAGUUGAAUCGUGUUGCUGAUGUCUUGAGUCGACGUCACACUUUGCUCACUACCAUGCAUGUUAAUGUCCCUGGCUUUGCGUCUUUUUCGGAGCUUUACGAGUCUGACCCUUUCUUCUCAAGAAUCCUCACCGACGUUAAUAGUGGCACUCGUGAUGACUUUACCCUUAAAGAUGGUUUUCUAUUUUAUGGUGUUCGUCUUUGCGUGCCUGAUUGUAGUUUGAGGUUACGUGUGAUCGAAGAGCUUCAUGUGGAGGGACAUGUUGGCCGUGAUAGAACAUUGCAGUUGGUCUCGGCUUCAUAUUAUUGGCCUACUCUACGUCGUGACGUCGAACGGUUUGUGGAACGUUGUCGUGCAUGUCAAUUGGCGAAGGGUCAAGCUUCUAAUGCUGGGUUAUAUCUUCCCUUGCCUAUUCCAACUCAACCAUUGACCGAUUUGAGCAUGGAUUUUAUUUUAGGGUUACCAAGGACUCAACGCGGAAAUGAUUCUAUUUUUGUUGUGGUGGAUCGUUUCUCGAAGAUGGCGCAUUUUAUUCCUUGCAAGAGAACGACUGACGCGGUGAAAGUUGCUCAACUUUUUUUCCAGGAGAUCUAUCGGCUUCAUGGUCUUCCGACCUCCAUUGUUUCUGAUCGCGAUAAAAGAUUCCUUAGUCACUUUUGGCGGUCGUUAUGGAAGAUGCUUCAUACUAGCCUUGAUAUGAGCACGGCGUAUCACCCUCAGACGGAUGGCCAAACGGAGGUUACUAAUCGUGCUUUAGGUAACAUGUUGCGUUGUUUGGUGGGUGAGAAUAUUCGGUCGUGGGAGUCUCGUUUGUGUCAGGCGGAGUUUGCACACAAUCACGCUACUAAUCGGAGCUCGGGUUUUAGUCCGUUUGAGGUGGUUUACAGUCUCCUUCCUCGUGGACCUCUUGACCUUACAACCGUUCCUGAUUGUAAACGUAUGCAUGGCCGAGUUGUGGAGUUUGUCGAUUCUUUACGUGAUACACACGAGCUCUCCUUGCUCUAUUGUUUAUGCUUAAUCCUUCUUGCUUAUGUUCUUAAUCUAGAAAUCUCUCUCUUUUGGACAAACCUUAAGGCUACAUGA